AUAAUUAAUAAUUAUAAAAAUUGAAUUUUACUUAUUUUAAAAAUAUGGGAUGGAUAAUAUUACAAGAACUGAACUUUCAAAAAUUAAUAACAAAUACUGGCAGUUUUUAGAUUAUAACUACCCAACUAAAAUAUCAGAAUAUAAACAUAGAGAAGAAAUAAAAAAUAUAAAUAAUAUACAAAAAAUUAAACAAGAAUUAGUUGAGAAACUUGGAUAUACUCCUGUAUUCUUCUUUUUAGUAGUUAUUUUUAUAAGAUAUGAUUAUAAAUGUCCCUAUGUAUUUUUAGAAAAAGGAUUAUGUAUUUUAUAUCAUUUAAUAUCAGGAAAUUCUAUAAGGGAUAUGAAUGAUUAUAUACCAUUUACAUCAUUUUAUGCAAUUUAUAAGGAAUUUUGGGAAAGUAAUAGAAAUGAUUUAAACAAAUUAAUAACAGAUAUGCUUGAAAAUAUGUUUUCAUCAACGACAUUAAGAAUACUAAAUGCUAAAAAAAUUAACCCAUUAGGUUUUAAGAAUAUGACAUUAUAUUUAGAUGGUCAUGAUAGUAGAAUUGAUUAUAAUGAAAAAGAUAUAAAAAAAAGAAAUUUUUAUUCAUAUAAAUUUAAAAAUUCAGGUUUAAGGACUCAGGUAAUAUAUGAUAUUAAUGAAUUUGCAAUUUAUGUAUCAGAAAGUAAACCAUGCAAGAAUUAUAACGAUGGAAAAAUGUUUUUAGAUAUGAAAUUAGAAAAUAAAUUAAAUGAAAAUGAUUGCAUAGCAUUUGAUGGAGGCUAUUAUUAUUAUAUAGAAAAGUUUAUUGAAAACUGUGAAAAAAAGGGAAAUGAUAAAAUAAAUAUUAAUAACUUUAUGUUCCCAAUUAGAAAAACUAAAAAUAUUGAGUUGAAUGAUAAAGAAAAAUUAUAUAAUGAAACCUUUGGCAGUUUCAGGAGUAAAAUUGAAUCUUGUUUUGGAUAUCUUGGUAAUAAAUUUAAGAGGUUUAAUAAUAAUGAGGGUUCAGUAAAAGUGACAGAUCUAAAAAUUUAUAAUUUACAAUUAAAGCUUUCACUUUUAUUAAUAAAUAUUGGCAAAUUUUGCAAUUAUUAUAAUGUUGAAGUAAAACCAAACCAUAUUUUAUGGAUUAAUGAAAAUUUCGAUUACCCCAAUCCUUAUAAAAAUAAUUCCAUAAAUAGUAUUAUAUAUGAAUUUGAUUUAUUAAGAAUAACUGACAUGACUAAUCAGCAAGAGGAAUAUAUAAAUAAUUAUUUUGAUAAUAUUGUAAACAAUAACUAUAAUAUAAAAAAUAUGGACAUUGAAAGUGAUUCAGAACUAGAAGAUAGUUUUGAGGUUGAAAAAAUUAUAAAACAUAGAAAAUUUAAAAAAAGAAUAAAAUUUUAUGUUAAAUGGAAGGAUUAUGAUGAUUCAUACAAUGAAUGGGUUUGGCAGGAAGAUUUCAAUGAUACUGCAAUUAUUGAUGAAUACAUGGCUACAAUUGAAAAUAUCUAAUUUAUAAAAAAAU